UCUUUCCGCGUGUGAGUGCGUGUGGUGCGUGUGUGCGGCACAGUUCCUGCCAUCUGAUCCUGGUCUUGGAUGUUUAAUAAAGAAAUCAAGUGUCUCAACAGUCACCCCCCCCACCCCAAACAAACCAAAAAACAGACCAAAAAAAAAAAAAGGACCAACAACAUCAUCAGCAACCAACAACCCGACAUUGUCAACACGAGACAGGUUUUUUUGUUUUGUUUUGUUUUGUUGGGGCUUCCCCUCCCCCGGUUUUUUCCCCUUAAGCCCUUAGUGGAGGGGGGACGCUCAGUGUGAGAGAGACAGAGACAGAGGGGGAGAGACAGAGACAGACGAGACAAGCGAGCACCCCCCGAGCUGCUUCUCGGGUCUGGGGACAGAAGUGAGAUUGGAGAAAGUAGAGCGAUGCCGAGGAGGAAACAGCAGGCACCGAAGCGGGCGGCAGGUUAUGUUCAAGAGGAAGAAUUGAAGGAGGAGGACGAAAUCAAAGAGGAAGAGGAAGAUGACGAGGACAGCAAUUCUGUAGUUCAACUUCAGGGUAGCAAUGACCCAGGCACAGAUGAAGAAGUAGAAACAGGCACAGAGCAGAAAGGUAGCUUUAGCUACCAGAACUCUCCAAUAAGUCAUUUAUCUAAUCAAGAUGCCGAAAAUGAAUCCCUUUUAAGUGAUGCCAGCGACCAGGUGGCAGACAUUAAAAGCGUAUGCUGUCGAGAUGCCCAGGACAAGAAAGCUACCGCCCACCCCAAGCUUCAGAAUGAAACACACAACUGCAUGGAUAAGAUGACCGCUGUCUAUGCCAACAUCCUGUCUGAUUCCUAUUGGACAGGUCUUGGUCUCGGCCUCAAGUUGUCAAGCAGUGAGCGGAGAGGUUGCGACACACGAAAUGGAGGUAACAAAAGUGACUUUGAUUGGCAUCAAGAUGCUUUAUCCAAAAGCUUACAGCAGAAUUUGCCUUCCAGGCCUGUCUCCAAACCCAAUCUUUUCAGCUCUGUGCAGUUGUAUCGACAGAGUAGCAAGAUGUGUGGGACUGUGUUCACAGGGGCCAGCAGGUUUCGCUGUCGACAGUGUAGUGCUGCCUAUGAUACCUUGGUGGAGUUAACCGUGCACAUGAAUGAAACCGGUCACUACCAAGAUGAUAACCGCAAAAAGGACAAGCACAGACCUACUAGCUAUUCAAAGCCCCGGAAAAGGGCUUUUCAGGACAUGGACAAGGAAGAUGCACAAAAGGUUCUCAAAUGUAUGUUUUGUGGUGACUCCUUUGAUUCCCUGCAAGAUUUGAGUGUUCACAUGAUAAAAACAAAACAUUACCAAAAAGUGCCUUUGAAGGAGCCAGUACCAACCAUUUCUUCAAAAAUGGUCAACCCGGCAAAGAAACGCGUUUUUGACGUCAACCGGCCCUGCUCCCCAGAUUCUACCACUGGAUCAUUUGCAGAAACGUUUUCCUCUCAAAAGAACGCCAACCUGCAGCUGUCCUCGAACAACCGCUACGGCUAUCAAAAUGGCGCCAGCUAUACCUGGCAGUUUGAGGCCUGCAAAUCUCAGAUCCUGAAAUGCAUGGAAUGUGGGAGCUCUCAUGACACCUUGCAGCAGCUCACUACUCACAUGAUGGUCACAGGUCACUUUUUGAAAGUCACUAGCUCCGCUUCCAAGAAAGGAAAGCAGCUGGUGCUGGAUCCACUGGCAGUGGAGAAAAUGCAGUCAUUGUCAGAGGCCCCGGGAAAUGAUACUCCAUCUUCUAAGCCAUCUAGUAAUGCAACUUCAGAAUGUGCAGCACCUCCAAUAGAGUUAAAGAAAGAAGGCAAAAAAGAAAAACCAGAGGAGACUAACAAAGAUGAGAAAGUGGCCAAGGGUGAAGAAUAUGAAGAUACUCUUCAAAAACCAUUGGAUCCUACAAUGAAAUACCAAUAUCUUAGGGAAGAAGACUUGGAAGAUGGCUCAAAGGGUGGAGGAGACAUUUUAAAGUCAUUAGAAAACACAGUUACCACAGCUAUCAACAAAGCCCAAAAUGGGGCUCCCAGUUGGAGCGCAUAUCCCAGUAUCCAUGCAGCCUACCAACUGUCAGAGGGCACAAAGUCUUCUCUGCCUAUGGGCUCCCAAGUACUCCAGAUUCGACCAACCAUCACCAAUAAGUUAAGACCAAUAGCUCCAAAGUGGAAGGUAAUGCCCCUUGUUUCUGUCCCCACAAACCUAGCCCAGUGCACUCAAGUGAAGAAAGAGUCUGAGGACAAGGAUGAAGCACAGAAGGAGUAUGCAAAAGACAGCCCCACCACUGAUGCAUCCUCCUUGAGCCUCAGUGAGGGUGAGUCUCUCCCCAAAAGUGAGACUCCCUCAGACUCCAGAAAGAAUGAUCCCUCUCCCCCAAAAGAGGAGGACAAAGUGAAAGAGAACAGCAGCACUAGAGAGAAAUCCCAACCUAUGGAAUCCACAUCUUCUCUUAGCAAUGGCUGUACCACCGCCAACCAUGCUCCGGCACUACCUUGUAUUAACCCGCUCAGUGCCCUGCAGUCUGUGUUGAAUAAUCACUUGGGCAAGGCCACCGAACCUCUACGUUCUCCAUCCAGUUCCAGUCCCAGCUCAAGCACAAUUUCUAUGUUUCAUAAACCGAAUCUCAACAUCCUUGAAAAGCCAGUUUUGUCUCCGGCCCCAUCCAGGCCGGGAAGUGUGUCUAGGCGCUACAUGUUUGAAAAUAAUGAUCAGCCCAUUGAUCUGACCAAAUCUAAAAGCAAGAAGGCAGAGUCAGCACAAGCACAAUCUUGUACUUCCCCACCACAGAAGCAUGCUCUAUCUGACAUUGCCGACAUGGUCAAAGUUCUUCCCAAAGCUACCACACCAAAACCCACCACCACUUCUUCUAGGGUCCCUUCCAUGAAGUUAGAGAUGGAGGUCAGGCGCUUUGAAGAUGUCUCUACAGAAGUCUCCACUUUGCAUAAGAGGAAGGGCAGGCAAUCCAACUGGAAUCCUCAACAUCUUCUGAUCCUGCAGGCUCAGUUUGCCUCAAGCCUCUUUCAAACGUCAGAAGGGAAAUAUCUCUUGUCAGAUUUGGGUCCUCAAGAACGCAUGCAGAUUUCCAAGUUUACUGGACUAUCUAUGACCACCAUUAGCCACUGGCUGGCAAAUGUCAAAUAUCAGCUUAGGAAAACUGGAGGGACAAAAUUUUUGAAAAAUAUGGACAAAGGACAUCCCAUCUUCUAUUGUAGUGACUGUGCAUCUCAGUUCAGAACCCCCUCUACCUACAUCAGCCAUUUAGAGUCCCACCUAGGCUUCCAAAUGAAGGACAUGAAUCGACUGGCAGUGGAACAGCAAACGAAGGUCGAGCAAGAGAUCUCCAGGGUAUCGGUUCAAAGGUCACCGGAAACUAUAGCUGCGGAAGAGGACACAGACUCUAAAUUCAAGUGUAAGUUGUGUUGUCGGACCUUUGCGAGCAAACAUGCAGUAAAACUUCACCUAAGCAAAACGCACAGCAAGUCACCUGAACACCACUCACAGUUUGUAGCAGACGUGGAUGAAGAAUAGUUCUGAAGGUAUGCGUUUGCUCCCAAGGUGAAUUGUAAGGUCGGGAUUGUAAGGAGCCUUGUAAAGAAGAUGUAUUUGCUUAGAUGCAGCCAACAUUCCCAAAGGUUCAAACAGCAUGCCAGAUUGCUGAAUUAGGACUUAUUUCUUAAGAGAGCAAAGCAUAAUAGAUGGGUUACAACCAAUUCUCCAUUAUC